AUGUCCCGAGUACUUGAAGGAAAAUUCGGCAUUGUGACCGGUGGAUCGCGAGGAAUUGGUGAAGCCAUCGCGCGCAACCUGGCCGCAAAGGGCUGCUCAUUGCUUCUAAACUUUACCUCUGAGUUCUCGCGCGGUCCGACCGAGGCUCUCUGCACCACAUUGGCCUCGACCCAUAACAUCAAAUGCGAGAGCGUGCAAGCGGAUCUAAGCAAGCCCACCGAGGGCGUCGCUGCGAUUCUUGCUGCCGCACAAGAGAAGUUCAGCAAGGCCGGCAAGCUCCAAAUUGACAUCCUCAUCAACAACGCCGGCGUCUCCCAAGACCGCAACCUCAAUGACCCCAAGGGUCCCAUCGAAGCCGAGCAUUUCAACUGGCAAUACGCGGUCAAUGUCCUCGCUCCUCUCCUCCUCACACAGGCAUGCGCCCCCUUCCUUCCCAAUGACCGCAGCGGUCGCAUCGUCAGUAUCUCCAGUGUGUCUUCGUCGCUCGGAUUCGUCGGCCAGUCAAUCUACGGCGGCACCAAGGCUGCCAUUGAGGCUAUGACGCGCACAUGGGCGCGCGAGCUUGCGGAUAAGGCGACUGUCAACGCCGUCAACCCCGGCCCGGUGGUUGGAGAUAUGUACUUCGCGACCGGAGACCAGUUCUGGAAGGAUAUCCAAGGAUACCAGGAUAACACGCCGAUGAGCAAGUUGGAUCUCAAUGAUGAGGAAACUCUGAGCCGUCUGACGGAUGAGCAAAAGCGAUUAAUUCAGGAGAAAAUGGGUGGUCGCCGACCCGCAUUCACCAGCGAAGUUGCUGGUGUUGUUGGCAUGUUAUGCACACCCGAUGGCCUUUGGUGUACUGGCAGUGUUGUCUGCGCCAAUGGCGGUAUGAAAAUGGGACAAUAA